CGGAGAUUACGAAUUCACCCAUCGUGCAUGCUCCACACCUUCUAAGGGGCAGCUUAGCUCCAGUGUUCGACCGACCUCGCAAAGUCGCAAUUCACACCGCCCGUUAACAUUAUCAUAUUGCCCAUUAUCACAUUACCUAUUACCACGUUACCUAUUAGCAUAACCUCGCAUUCGUUUACCUUUGCUCAUUGCUGUUUACAUUUCAAUUGCAACCACAACAUCGCCGCGACGACGCAUCUACCUCAGCCACUCAACAUCGCACCUUCCAACUAAAGGCCGCCGAGACUUCUCCCUCACGCAUUGAAUUACGGCCGACAAUAGACAGGAAGACAAUAACGGCAAGAUGGAUCAAGCCAAGCUUAAAGAGGAGGUGUCGGAAACGUUGCUCGGCUCAGUGCAGGACCCGCAACUGUCGAAGCAACGUCGCGCGGCCUUUAUGCGCUUCGCGACAACUGACGAGAAGUCCGGCGAGCAUUUCCUGGAUGAGGACCGGUUUAUCGAUGCGAUUGUGCCUGAAGGCGAGACCUUCCACAAAAUCUCACGCGCGCAAUAUGGCAUCUUAUUCAAGAUCGCUGACCGCCAGGGUACCGGAAGGGUAUCCAUCCAAGACUUCACAUCCUUCGACUCCAUCGUCGCAAAAUCCGAUGCCGAAUAUGAGAUUGCUUUUCGGCUCUUUGAUGUUGAGGGUCGCGGUGCCGUCCGCUUCGAAGACUUCCAGCGUCUCUAUAAUCUCAACAAGGGUACUGAUAGCUUGCCGUUCGACUGGAGCUCUGAAUGGGCGUCGCUAUACAUCGGCCGCAAAGGAAAGCGUCACGACAUGACCUAUCCUCAAUUCUCCCAGAUGCUGCGAGGCCUUCAGGGAGAGCGGGUUAGACAAGCGUUCAUUUACUUCGACAAGAACGGGGACGGCUACAUUGAGCCCGAAGACUUCCAGCGCAUCAUCAUCGAGACUUCGCGACACAAGCUUUCCGACCAUAUCCUCGAUAACCUCCAAACCCUAUGCAACAUCUCUACCGAAAGCAAGAUCUCUUACGCCAACGUCCGCGCGUUCCUGAACGUAAUCAAGGAGAUGGAUCUGGUGGAGCACAUCAUUCGAAAUGCCACCAUCAAAAGCAAGGAUUCGAAAAUCACCCGAACCGAUUUCCUCAACGAGGCGGCGCGCAUCACACGUUUUACACUGUUCACCCCGAUGGAGGCAGACAUCCUGUUCCAUUUUGCCGGCAUGGACGAGACAUCGGGCCGCCUGGGCCGCAAAGACUUCGCUAAGGUCGUCGACUCGACAUGGCAGCAUCCCGCCACCCUAUCCAGCGACGCCGAGGAGGCCGUCGCCAAGACCCUGUCUAAGUCGAAGGGACUUGUGCAGGGACUCCUGGAGUCGGCCCACCACUUCGCCCUAGGCAGUUUGGCUGGCGCUUUCGGCGCCUUCAUGGUGUAUCCGAUUGAUCUGGUCAAAACCCGCAUGCAGAACCAGCGAGGCCAGCGGGUGGGCCAGGCAUUGUACAAGAACUCGCUGGACUGCGCGCGGAAGGUCAUCGCGAACGAGGGAGUGAGGGGGCUGUAUUCGGGGGUGCUUCCGCAGCUGGUGGGCGUCGCGCCGGAGAAGGCCAUCAAGCUGACGGUCAACGAUCUGGUCCGAGGCCAUUUCGGCAACAAGAAGACCGGGGAGAUCUGGUGGGGAUGGGAAGUGCUUGCUGGUGGGUCCGCCGGUGGUUGCCAAGUGAUCUUCACCAACCCGCUGGAGAUCGUUAAGAUCCGACUGCAAGUGCAGGGCGAGGUCUCCAAGACGACCGCCGCGGCUCCGAAGCGGUCCGCGGUAUGGAUUGCGAAAAACCUGGGUCUGCUUGGCCUUUACAAGGGCUCGAGUGCCUGUUUGCUUCGUGAUGUCCCGUUCUCGAUGAUUUACUUCCCGACGUACGCACAUCUCAAGAAGGACUUCUUCGGGGAGUCUCCAGAAAAGAAACUCGGUGUCCUCCAGCUUCUCACCGCCGGUGCGAUGGCUGGCAUGCCGGCAGCAUACCUCACGACGCCCGCGGACGUGAUCAAGACCCGUCUCCAGGUCGAAGCUCGGAAGGGAGAGCAGACGUAUAAAAACAUCCGAGAUUGUGCGUCCAAGAUUAUGAAAGAGGAGGGAUUCCGCGCCUUCUUCAAGGGCGGUCCGGCACGAAUCAUGCGGUCAUCUCCUCAGUUCGGCUUCACGCUCGCGUCGUAUGAGGUGUUGCAAGGGCUCUUGCCAAUGCCCGGCAGCGGGGAUCUUCCAUUGGCGCCCGGCCACAUCGGGCCCGGGGGCGUGAGAAUAUCGCAGAGCACCGAACCAUUGCCAUACCUACGAAGUCGGAACGCUUUGAAGAUCAUCCUGGACUUGGAUAAGGAUAUCGGAAAGCCGAAGUUGCCGCAUGGAGAGGGAUGGAUUGGACUGCCUGGAUUCCGCAAGUCUUCUUAAAUGAUAGGAGGUACGAGUAUCUUGG